CGUGAACGCGAAUCGUGGAAACAUGUCCGCCGUUUGUGUAUUUUGACGUAAAUAUUGGCCAAAAAAUCGCCGUGUUUGCAAAUAAUUUGUGUUUUUUCAGUGCUAAGUUGGUUUUAUAAUGUGUGUGUGAUUGUGCUGUGAUCCGUUCAUAUGAGGCUGCUAUAUAAAACUGGUCCGAUGGAUUCUCUCAGAAAAUGGUUCCGCAAACCAAAGAGAGAGGAUCAAUCGUUACUGGCUCAAUUCUUCUUUGCGGACGACGCGCUAAACAUCAUAGCGUCAGAGUUGGACUCCUUCGACGGCCGCAAGGACCCGGAGAGAUGUUCCACACUCGUUACACAGCUACGGCUCGCACAGGAUCGUGUGUUGAACGUGACGAGCCAGAUCAUGGACGAGGUGCUGGGUGAGGAGCGUGUGGCGAGAGGUUUCCGAGUAAAGUUUCCUGAAGACGUACUCCAGGAUAACCUCGCGGGACAGCUGUGGUUCGGCGCAGAGUGCCUGGCGGCGGGUUCAUCGAUAAUGAACCGUGAGGAGGAAUCGGCAGCAAUGCGACCUCUCGCUAAGGCACUCACCCGCAGCCUGGAGACGGUGCGCUCACUGCUCCGUGAGCAAUGCCUGCGCUCCAGAGACCUGGCCCUAUCCCCACACGACGAUAUGCUCCACGAGAGUCUGAGAAUAUUUGAUAGGUUGUUUGCAGAAUUUGAAUUGUGCUACGUCAGUGCCAUGGUAAAUGUGAAGACCCCCCACGAGUUCGAGGCGCAGCAGCUAAUCUGCGUCCUGUUCUCUGAGAGUCUUCGCAGAGCUUUGAAACAAGAAUUGUUAACACAAGAACAGGUCGAUUCUUACGACCCGGCGUUAAUGUUCGCGGUGCCCCGCCUCGCUAUAGUCAGCGGUCUGCUCAUAUACUCCAGUGGACCUCUUAGUAUUGAUAAACCACCUGAAGAGAUGUCGGACAUGUUUCGUCCGUUCCGCACGCUUCUGCACAAGAUCAGGUCGCUGUUGUGGACGUUGGAGCGGCGCGAGCUGCUGGCGCUGGAGCGGCUGCUCUGCACCAACGAGGACAUCUCCAACCUCGCUGCACUACACCUGCCGCAGGAUGUCGAAAGUAUGACGGACUCAGCUUGCCACUAUCCGGAUAUCGGAGAGUUUGUAUCCAAGUUCUACGCCGACCAUGCUCACUGCCGCGACCUCUACGCCACACAGAGCUCAAGUGAACCAACAAUAACAGACGCCGACUAUCUCCCUGAUAAUAUAGAAGUUAUGACUCCAAUUAUUGAUGGACUGCGACGUCUCACUGAAGACCCCGAAGACACACAAACUGACGACGAAACCAUCGACAAGAACAACCAUCACUACUCGGACACCACUAGCACUGAUACAUUCCAAACAAACGACAGUAACGUAGAAAAAUCUAGAAAAACAAGCAGAACGGAAACAAACGAUUUAUCUUCAUUAAGAAAUCUAUCAACCAAUGGACUAAUGAUGUUCGAUCCUUUAGUUAUAAACGCAGUGUCCGCCUCCACGUCCGCAGAAACAAAUCGACAACUCCCAGAUAAUGAUUUAGUCACAUCACUAAACGAGCAAGUGACAGAAAUUGCGGACAGACUAUCAUCGAUAGCGACAGACAUCGAUAUCCAAGAGCACAAUCAGACGCAUUCGUUAUCGACAAACGAUGUCCCAACACUAAUAAAUGAGACGGAUUUCGGGUUUUCGGGGCCCAGAAAUGAACCGUUAAGUUGUAUGCCGUCGACAAGUCACGGUUAUCUCAUACCUAACGCGAUAAGUCAAGAACCUGUCGUACUUGCAUCCUUAUCGCAUAAUAACUCUGCAGUUUUCAACCAAGAAGACGAAGAAGUGACAGGUGCUAUACUAAACUCCGAUUUACCACUUAUCAUGCCUGAUAACAUCGAAGCUGAGAUAGUCAAUACAAACAUUUGUAUAGCAAACGCAAAUCUAUCAUCACUUUUACUAACGAAUGACGAAUUUAGACAGAAUUUCGUCGAUAAUGACAUAGAUGGAGAUAAUGCGAGUUUCCAUUCAGCAAAAAUGACUCUAGAUAGAGAUGAAAGAGUGAAAUUUAUGCUAGGCUAUGACAGUGAACAUGAAUCUCCUGUAGAUUCAGGUGUAAGCACGGAAAAUACUAGUUUAGACAGAUCACCUGAUACAGAUCAGAGUAAAGACAAUUUUAUGCAACAGAACAGGGUAAUAAAAGAUCUAGAAGAAGAGAGAAGAGAAGAUAGAAUCGAGAAUUAUCUAGAAAGAUCCUUUUCGACGGAUGAUACCAUCAAACAAGCCGGACCAUCAAAUAAUGUAGAAAUAGAUAGAAUAAGUACAGAAGAAGAUGGUUUGAACGAAGCGACGAAUAUAAAAGACUUAGAUUGGACCAAUACAGAACAGAGUUCAAAGGAUUCCAUAAAAGAAUUAAGAAGGAGUUCAGAAGUUAAAAGCGUAGAAGAAAAUAGAAGUUCGACAGAGUUGGCGACACACAGCGGGAGACAAAGGAAAUCGAGGAAGAGUUCAAAGAAGAAGAAGAAGAUGUGGCCGCCUGGUAUUGUGAUAUUGGACAAUCGAAAUACUCAAGUUCAAAAUCCUUUGAGACUAAAUUUGGAUCAUAUUAUGGAUGAAAGUGGUACAUCAUGCACGUCGGAGUGCGCGGACGACGAGCAGAUAGCGCUGGCGCUGCAGGCGCAGGAGCUCGCCGCGCGCCAGCAGGCGAGGGGCAAGUUCAAAUCUAGCGAAGACCUGAUCCACCGUCUGUUUGUCUGCAUCGCUGGAGUAGCUGACCAGCUGCAGACCAACUUCGCAGCGGACCUGCGGAACAUCCUCAAAUCAGUCUUCCUCAUGAACCAGACCCCAGACCCGCCUGAAGAGGAACCAGAAACCUGCGACCCCUCAGACAAAGGGAAUGCUAUAGAAUACGAGGUCUCCGAAGACCAGGUUAUACAGAAUGGCAGUUCGUUCGACAGCGUGUACUCCGCGGAGGAAGUGUACGCGGACAGUUCCGACUCGCCGUCGGAGAGCAGUGCGCGGCUCGCGCGACGCAACACGGUCGCCGCGCCGCGGGACAGAGACAGACGCAACUCAUUGGAUGGCACCAAUCUGCAGGCAUCUGUGUCCACUGGAGAUUUAACUUACAGGUACUCAUCCAUCCAUCACCAGCUCACUAUACCUGUUAUGCUCAAGAGACUGCAGAGCGGGAGCAAGAGAGUGAUCCCGCCCGGCGUCGAAGGUCAAAUCAAAUCUGAGGGCGGUCACCAAAGGGGUUUUUAG